ACCGGCGAGUAACGUUGAGUGCAUCCUAGAAUAAGUGAUAAUCCAAUCUUCCAUCCAUUCAAGAAUGCAAUUGGUGCGAUCGAUGGAACACACAUACCGGUAGUUGUAAGAAAGAGUAAGCAACCAAGAUAUCGAUGCCGAAAAGGAUUUACAUCUCAAAAUGUAAUGGCUGCAUGUUCUUUCGACCACCAAUUUCUUUUUGUGUGCACUGGAUGGGAGGGUUCUGCAGCAGAUAUGAGAGUGUUGAGAUGGUGUUGCGAGAGUGGAGGUUUUACGGUCCCGGAAGGCAAAUUUUAUUUAGUCGAUUCUGGAUAUGCAAACACUGACCGCUUCCUCGCCCCUUAUAGAGGGGAGAGAUAUCACUUGAGCCAAUUUGAUGUUAAUGCACGUGCACGAAGGCAUCGAGGACCAAAAGAUUUGUACAAUCAUCGCCAUGCUCAAUUACGAAAUGUAGUUGAGAAAGCCUUUGGAAUUCUCAAGCGGCGCUUCAAGGUGCUCCGACAAGCAACACCUUUUCCCUACAAAGUGCAAUGCCGUAUUGCCCUCGCAUGUUGUGUCAUACACAAUUUCAUCAAGAGGCACCAAGGGACCGAUAGGUAUUUUAACAUGCAAAUGAACCCAUUAUCCACUGAUGAUCAAGAUAAUGAUCCGACACAACCUAUUGGUCCAGAUGAGUCUCGCCGCGGUGACAUCCUUCGCACUAAUAUCACGGAGCAACUGUGGAAUAAUAGAUAA